AUGUGGAACAUAUAUUUAAUAGCAACGAUAUGUUUUAUCGGUGUUUUAAGUGUUUCGGCAACGGAAACGACUAACGGUGAUGGAUUCCAAAAUUGUAUUGAAAAGGAUUCAAUUUCGUGUAUACAACUCCAGAUAUUUAGAAAAGCUCGUGAAUUCUUUGCUCAAGACAAAAUUAAUGUAUUUGGUGGAAUCUCUUUAACUAAAGAUGAAAACACUAAUGGGGAACGUGGUGCAAAAUCUUCGGAUAAUGUUUUAAUCGAUCAACAUAUUGAGAAAGCUUCAGAUGUGGAAGAUCGUGAAGUCGCUUUAGAAAGUUAUUUAUGGAGUAAAGCAACAAAUUUCUUAACUGAACGUUCAAUUACAUGGAAUCCAAGUCAAACUGCACGUAGUCUAGUUGAUUCAAUUCCUGAAGGUGUGAAAGAAGAUUUUACCAACUUGGUUUCUGAAGGACGUGGAAAGAAAAAACAAUUAAAACAAUUAUUACCCUUCUUAAUUGGUUUUAAAUUGAAAAUGGUUGGUUUAUUAAUCUUGGCAUACUUCGUAAUCGCAUUAAUCGCCAAGAAAGCUAUCUUAGCGUCAUUGGUAUCACUCGCAAUCUCUGGUUUCAUAGCAUUGAAAAAACUUUUGGCCCACAAACAUGAACCCCAUCAUGAAUCAUGGAGUCAUGGAGGAUGGGGUCAUUCAGCGCCAGCUCCAGUUUCAGCAGGAUGGAGUCACGAAGAAUAUGGUGGUUAUGGAAGUCAUAGCCAACCGGUAGCUCAACAAAUUGCCUACAAUGGACAAAAGCACAAAUAA